AAAAUAGAACUUCCAAAUAAACUGGCAAAACGCUAUCCAGCCUAUGAGUUAUACCUUUAUGGAGAAGGAUCCUAUGCUGAAGAACACAAAGCUCUCCCUUUGACAGGAAUUCCAGUUCUCUUCCUUCCUGGUAAUGCUGGAAGUUACAAGCAAGUUCGUUCUAUCGGCUCCAUCGCCCUCAGGAAAGCGGAAGACAUUGACUUCAAGUACCACUUCGACUUCUUCAGUGUGAACUUCAACGAAGAGCUGGUGGCACUGUACGGUGGGAGCCUUCAGAAGCAGACCAAGUUUGUGCACGAGUGCAUCAAGGCCAUCCUUAAACUUUACAAGGGUCAAGAAUUUGCUCCCACAAGUGUGACAAUAAUUGGUCAUUCUAUGGGUGGCCUUGUUGCAAGAGCGCUGCUUACACUGAAAAACUUUAAACAAGAGCUGCUAAAUCUUCUCGUCACGCAAGCCACGCCUCACGUUGCUCCUGUGAUGCCGCUGGACCGUUUCAUUACAGAUUUUUAUAUGACUGUAAACAACUAUUGGAUUCUAAAUGCUCGACACAUAAAUUUCACCACACUUUCUGUAGCUGGAGGAUUCCGGGAUUACCAAGUUCGUUCAGGACUAACUUUUCUGCCAAAAUUAAGCCAUCAUACCAGUGCCUUAUCUGUUGUGAGUUCAGCAGUGCCUAAGACGUGGGUCUCAACGGACCACCUCUCCAUUGUGUGGUGUAAACAAUUGCAGUUGACUACGAUCCGAGCAUUUUUUGAUCUUAUUGAUGCUGAUACUAAACAAAUAACUCAAAAUCCCAAGAAGAAAUUGUCAGUUUUGAAUCACCACUUCAUAAGACACCCAGCAAAACAUUUUGAGGAGAAUCCAGCAAUAAUUUCUGACUUAACAGGGACAUCUAUGUGGGUUCCAGUAAAAGUGUCCAGAUGGACCUAUGUGGCUUACAAUGAAUCUGAUAAGAUAUAUUUUACAUUUCCUCUUGCAAAUCAUAGGAAAACCUAUACUCAUGCCUAUUGCCAGAGCACCAUGUUGGAUACAAACAGUUGGAUUUUCGGCUGUGUAAACAGCACUUCUAUGUGCCGGCAAGGGAUUGAUCUGUCAUGGAAAGCUGAACUACUGCCAACAAUUAAGUCUCUGACAUUAAGGCUUCAAGACUAUCCAUCUUUGUCUCAUCUUGUGGUUUAUGUUCCAUCUGUUCAUGGAAGUAAGUUUGUUGUAGACUGUGAAUUCUUUAAAAAAGAGACCAGAUCAAUACAGCUUCCUGUGACUCAUCUUUUUUCCUUCGGAUUAUCCUCAAGGAAAGUGCUAUUGAAUACCAGUGGUCUGUACUAUAAUAUAGAGCUACUGAACUUUGGACAGAUAUACCAAGCUUUUAAACUCAACGUGGUAAGCAAGUGCUCAGGAGCCAAAGAAGAAAUAACAAGUAUCUAUAAACUUCAUAUCCCCUGGUCUUAUGAAGAUUCACUAACUAUUGCGCAGGUUCCAUCUUCUACAGAAAUUUCUGUGAAACUUCAUAUUGCUCAGCCAGAAAAUGACAGCCAUGUGGCGUUACUAAAAAUGUACACGUCGUCAGACUGUCAGUAUGAGGUGACGGUGAAGACCUCCUUCUCGCAGAUUCUGGGACAGGUAGUUAGAUUCCAUGGAGGCGCACUUCCUGCUUACGUCAUAUCCAGUGCUCUUCUUGCCCAUGGAGGACAGCUGUUCUCUCUUUUCUCAACAGGUUAUUGUUUAGAAUAUGCUGCCAUAUUGGAUAAAGAAGCCAAGCCAUACAAAGUUGAUCCUUUUGUAAUUAUGAUUAAGUUUUUAUUGGGGUGUAAAUGGUUUAAGGAGUUCUGGGACUUACUGUUGUUACCAGAAUUAGAUGCCAUCGUUUUAACGAGUCAGAGUAUGUGUUUCCCCCUUGUGUCCUUGAUUCUCUUUCUGUUUGGAACAUGCACUGCCUACUGGAGUGGCCUGCUCUCGUGUGCAUCCGUGAGACUCCUUUCUUCCUUGUGGCUGGCUUUGAAAAGACCCUCUGAACUUCCGAAAGAUGUUAAGAUCCUGUCGCCAGAUCUGCCCUUCCUGACGGGCGUUCUGCUCCUCGUUAGCUGGACCACCUGUGGCGCCCUUGCCAUACUGCUUUCCUAUUUCUACUAUCUGUGCAAGAUUGUUUAUCUUCAAGCAAGCGUAACAAAUUUUAAAAGUAGCCAGGCUGUGAAUCCCAAACACUCUAGAAGAAAUGAAAAGAAGUCCAACCACCAUAAGUGGUCUGCAGCGUCCCCACUUUGGUUGUCCGUGGCAGAUGCCGAAGACAGCCUCCGCAUGCACAGCGCGGUGCUCAACCUGCUUACCUGGACCGUCCUGCUCAACAUGCCGUCCUUAGUCUACUGGCUGAAGAACCUCCGGUACUAUUUUAAACUUAAUCCUGAUCCAUGUAAACCUCUGGCGUUUAUCCUUAUUCCAACCAUGGCAGUUCUUGGAAAUACUUACACAGUUUCAAUAAAAUCAAGCAAGCUGCUGAAGACUGCCUCGCAGCUCGCCCUUCCUCUGGCUGUCGGCGCGGUCGCGUUUGGGUCGGCGCACUUGUACAGGGUCCCGGGCUUCGCCUGCCUUCCGCUUGUCCUCCACACCUUGUGCAACUUGAUGUGAGGGGACGGAAGGGGAAAACCAGGGCAGUCGAUGCCUGAGGGGCCAGUGACGAGUGGAGCCACUCACGUGGACAGCAGAGUCCUUCGGAGAAGACAAGUCUAUUUUUGCAGUACUAAGCAUAGGAAAUUAGUUUUGUAACGCCUGCGGAAAGGAGGUGACGCGUGGUGUGUUCUGUGGGACCUGGUGAGGGUGUGCGGCAGCCCCAGGCCGAGGACUGCUGCGCACAGUCCUGGUCUGCUCCUGUCCAGCCGGUGACCUCCCGCCACCCGGGUAGCAGGUACAGCAGCGCGUGCAACCGCCCGUCCAGCAUGCCGCUGCUUCAUCAUCUCCUGAAAAGUGGCUUGUUUCCUAUCUGCUGUGGUUUACAUGUUGUAAAAUGAGUUUUCAAAGAGUGAUGAAAUUCCCAAGUGUGAGGUUUCUCAAAAGUGAAAUAGCUGCAAAGACCCUUCAGUCUCUCUCGGCAGUCAUGGUGAACAAAGCAAGCUUCUGUCUUCUUCACAUGUGAAGGAGAGCUUUGCAUUAUAAGGAGAUGUAUUUUUGGUAAGCAGUGUAAGAUCGAUGGGUAAAAGCAUGGCUCAAAAUCAAAAUGAGGAAGUUUCCAUGUUAUUCUCACAUAUAAAUCAUGGCUGUUAGAUUUAAAGAAUAUUCUCACGGAUAUCAUUGGGCGUUGGUGUAGUUCGUUUUGGUGAUUCAGUUCAUUGUCCACAUGAUUGCCAAACGUUCUUCAGGUGAGGCUAGAUUGAUAACUAAAUUUCAGUAAUUAGCAAAAACUCUAGGUUUGUGCCAUUUCUGUCUAUUUUGGAAAAAACAUGACCAAGUAUAGCAUCACAUUUGAUGUAUAAAUUUAUACUACUGGGGUAACAGUAAGUAUGGCAUUAAUAUAAAUAGCAUACCUGAAGAAACUGGGGCAUAGCCACAAGAUUUAACAGUGGAACCUCGAUGUGCCAGGUGACUUCCAGGGUUACUGUCGGAUAAAUGAGGGCGUGAUAUUUCUGUGUAAUUUCAGAUUUCAGUUCCUGCUUAGCUAGGACACAGUACGCGGGUAAGGGAGCAGGGCAGAAGAGUGCAAGUGCCCUUCGCCUCCAGAGUGCACUGGGGCUGACGGUCACCAGCCCAUAGAGCUCUCUUUUACACGUGGGGACUUUCAGCACCCAAACCUCUCAUGGAAUGUCCUGAAGUUCCCGCCCAUGAGUCCGCAGUGGCGCUUUAGCUGGUGUCCUUGUGGUCCCGGGGAUCGGUAGUGAAGGUGAACUUUCAGAGCUCUCCGUGACACAGACAGCCCGCGCAGCCUGCGUGCCAUUGGCUCUCUGCCACUGUCCUAGGGCCCCUCGAUC